AUGGCUGCUACCAUUCAUUGGACACAUGGGAAUCUGCACCUCUUCAGGUAUCAUCCGUGACUUUGCUGGGCCCUACUUUGUCUCUCAGGACAAUGACCCAACACACCUCCAGGCUGUAUAAGGGCUAUUUGACCACGACGGAGAGUGAUGGAGUGCUGCAUCAGAUUACAUGGCCUCCACAAUCCUCCAACCUCAACCAAAUUGAGAUGGUUUUGGACAGCAGCGAGAAGGAAAAGCAGCGAGCAAGUGCUCAGCAUAUGUGGGAACUCCUUCAAGACUGUUGGAAAAGCAUUUCAGGAAGACAACAUGGCCUUUGGGAGACCAACAAAGUACUGGAUGCUGGACGUAGCCAAGGUGUAUGCUAGUGGCUCCAACGCCUGGGACACAGCAGUGCAUGACGCCUCAGAAGAGUACAAAAACAGAAUGCACAACCUCUGCUGUGACAACUGUCACUCCCAUGUGGCCAUGGCUCUGAACCUGAUGCGCUAUGAGAACAAGACCUCGUGGAACAUGAUCAACCUCUGUCUGCUCUCCCUAGUCCACGGAAAACACGUCAGCUGUGCAGGGUUCUUGAAGACCUGGCUUCCCUUCCUCAUGUUGCUGGGUAUUAUCCUGACUGUGGCUCUAACCAUUAACCUGCGGUGACCAGCCAACCAGGUGGGAGGACACAGCUUAAAGGGUGGUAAGGGGGAGGGACUCCUUGCAGGAGGGGGAUGGGGGUUGAGUGAGGUGAGAGCACACACGGGGAGGGGGGACCCCCUGCAGGUUGGAAGUUGAGGUGGGAGGUGUCACUCUACACCUACUCUGCUUGUGAGGAUCGAGUGGGAAAAAGACAUGGAACUGUGACAUCCCAGCAACAAACAAACCAAUGAGAGAAGGGCAAUAACAUCCUCCUCUCGACUUAACACAAAGCCUGCUUGUUUCUAGGACCAGGCAACCAAGCUUUCAAUGGUGGCGGAUGGCAAUUUAGAUUUUUGUUUAUUUUGGCAUUGAGGUUAAUUGUUCUUGAUGGACGGUAGCUUACUUAUAAAUGUUUUAAUCCCCCUCCACACACAUCCCAACCCCAUGCAAUUUAAUGCAGUUUUCAAAUGUUUUGAUUUUCAAUUAAGUCCUACUAUGGGGUGUAUAGACCCUCAUAAUUUCUAGGUAAUGGAUGAUGUUGCAGGUUCUGUAGACUAGAGGAGCGAUAAUAGUGGUGAAGGGGGCAGGGGUUGUUGUUUCUUUCAGGGGUAGUAGUCUUGUCUUCCACAGCGACAGCAGUAUCCAUCUCUUUCUCUCUGCCAUGCUGAAACAAACACCCACCAUCCAUCUAAUGACAUGGGACUGAUGAUGACUCCGUGCUUCCCAUACUCCAUCUUGAUGAUUGGAACAGAAAACAUGACAUUUCCCUUUUAAUGCCUUUAAAGGAAUGUGUUAUUGUGUUGACAUUUUAUACUUGUAUUGAUACAGUUCCUAUUUCUGCAACUUUUAAUAACCUGUGAUUCACCAAGAGUGAUUUGUUGUUACAAUUAAUUGAAUCUACUACAUUGGAGUGUAUCCAGGAUAAUAAUUCUCAAAACUCUGCUAUAAACAAGUGAUGCUUCAUAUGUUGUAUAAUAUCUAUGAGUCUAAUUUAACGGCUUGUAUCUGCAUUUUAUUAAAAUAUUUAUAUUUUUCUUAGAACUCGAUUGACAAUUAUGUUUAGACCUGUUUUAAUGAUGGCUCUUUUUGAAAUGGGAUUAUAUAUUUCAGAUAAUCUCAUUAAGUGUGUUGGAUUAUUUGGAUACUUCCUACAGUUGCCAUGGUAACCUCUGGAACCCUGGACUCAUAACUCUGGACUGCUGAUGGGAAUUAAAUGCAUGAUGUUCUGGAAUGCUGCAGAGUUCAUUUGUGUUCUAGAAUGUGAGCGUGCCAAAUGUAGAGCUUCCCGGUCCCUACAGGAGAGGGAUCACCGCUUUCUGAUCUGUUCCACGCGCAAACUUUAACCCCAAUGUGCCCCAGAAGAAAGAAGCCCCUCUGAAACCUGGCUCGGCCUGAGUUGACAAAUUGAAAGUAAUUCAUAUAGUUGGUGCCUGGAAAAACAUGGGUCUUCCUGGAUAACAUGUAUGUGCAUGAAUGGCUCAAUUUAUAUCAAACUUCAUUUUUAGACCGUACCAUCUAUAUUGAUUUUGUAUGUAGUAGCCUACUUUCAAACACUGGCUAAUCCUAGAUCAGGGGUUCCCAAACUCGGUCCCGGGGCCUCCCCUGGAUGCACGUUUUGGUUUUUGCCUAGCACUAAACAGAUGAUUCAAAUAACUAACAGAAUCAUCAAGCGUUGAUUAUUUGAAUCAGCUGUUUAGUGCUAGGGCAAAAACCAAAACGUGCACCCAUGGGGGGCCUCUGCACCGCGUUUGGGAAACCCUGUCCUAGAUGAUGGUUGGCUCACAAAAUCCAAUGACAUGGCUUUCUUUUGCGGUGGCAGGUUCAAAUCCCCUCAUUGUUUGAGUGAAAGCGCUGAACCUUUUCUUUUUAUCUGUGGAGCUGCCAGAAGCAGCAGGUAGCCUGCUGGCUCCUCCAGGUUUACACACCCUUGUCACACUACCGAGCUGGACUGAACCGAUGUACUGAGCUGGCCUGGUUACGCAUCCAGCAUAACGUGUAACCGUGCUGACUAAAAAUGACUGUGCCAGAACAGUUUGGUUCGUUUUGGGUUGGGUUGGCACAUUAGUGUUAGAAGCAUACAAGUCUUUGGCUUAAUAUCCUGUGGUCUCCUCCUGUGCCAGAGAAAGUUUCACUCCUGUCUCAGAUGAGAUUAGGACAUAGUGAAAUGCCAAUGCAUCUCUAUGCAGCCCUUUUCACAUUCCUGCUUCUUUCUCUCUAGUUGGACUUUAUUAUUUGAAAUUCCAGUAAAUGUGAUAUGUCGAUCUACUGCAAUAACCCCAAAUUGUAUGUAGAAAAACAAACAGAAAACCAUGUUUAGAUUUGUAUAGGAAGUCUUUAAAGAUCCUUUUGCUUUCCAUUACUUUCACAGUCAAGGCAGUUUUACACUACUUCUGUAGCUGUUGGUGAUUUUAUGUGAGAUGCCAAUUGUUUCCAGGGUAUUGACAUUCCUUUGGUGUGCUUAUGGCGUCUUUCAUCUUUCUUUUUCCUUUCAUGUUCAUGUGUAAAUAUUAGACCAAGUGCUUUUAUCUUCGGAUACUUGAUGAUAAAUCACACCUGUUUUUAAUGUUCUGUUUUAAUUUAGAUUGUAAAUGAACUAUCCUCCUUAAUUCCCUUCAUUUUCUACAAGCAAUACCAUAUGAUACAAUAUCAAAACUCAUCACUGUUCUGCAAUGAAGCAAUUUUGUGCCUGAAUGCAUGAGUGAGUGUGUGUCAAAAGAAGCGUGUGGGCGUGUACAUGCAUGACGACCGGUUGUGCAUGUCCUGGCUGCGUGUUCUAUGUCUUUGUGGACACACAACUAUUUUCUUGAAUCCUGUGGCUUUUUGGGGAAUUGACGAUAACUGCAUAUGAUAUUAGAUGGCUGCAUAUAACUUCCUUUAUAUACACUUAUUUAUUACCCAAAUUGUUAUCUAAAAUGAUGUAAAUGGAUAAAGGUGUAUAUAGUACAUAAUAGACUAGACUGUAAUGGACCUUUUUUAAAUAAUCCAUAGUUGACCCAAGUUUCCCAGUCUUGAUAUUAAUUGUGUCUACACUCUUAGACAAAAGGGUUCCAAAAGGAUGCUUCAGCUGUCCCCAUAGGAGAACCCUUUUUGGUUCGGCGUAGAACCCUCUGUGGAAAGGGUUCUACAUGGAACCAAAAAUGGUUCUUCAAAGAGUUCUCCUAUUGACAUAAGGUCAAUCUUGAGGGAAUCUUCUUUGAGUCCAAUAAGGAUGUCCAUAUGAUAGGCUCUCUGCAAGGUAUUGUAUAGUUUACCUAUCCAACUGACAAUCUCUUAGGCUUCUUUGAGUCCGAUAAGGAUGUCCAUAUGAUAGGCUCUCUGCAGGGUAUUGUAUAGUUUACCUAUCCAACUGACAAUCUCUUAGGAAAAAAUAUAAAUGAUCAGAACCAAGACUUAAAAAUAACUGAUAUUGGCACAAGGUGGAGGGAAUGUUGGAUCACAAGGUUACAGUUAACUAAAAUGAACGUAUUCAUAGAAUUUAUUAUACAAUAGACAGCAUUCACAAAUUCUACAGCACAAUGGCAAGAGUCAUGUCUGAAGUGUAACACUAAUAAUGACUCAAUAAUCCAUGCCUUCUGGGAAUGUUAAAGUCAGAAAGUUAUAGGCGGAGUUAAAGUUGGCUGUCAGAAGUAUUACAGUGUAAAUGUACUUUCAAUCUGUCUCUCUGUAUACUUUAAGACAUGGCAUACUGUAUGAGGGUGCAGUGAGAUACCCAAUGUGUUGGACCAUACUUUUCUCGCCAAUCAUCUUUUAAAAAAUUAUACUUAGACUGGAAAUCGACCAAUACUCUGUCAUUUAUGCAAUGGAAAGUUCAAAUGCUUUAUCUAAAUGUUGAAAGUGCGUGGGCUACAGAGAAACAAAAUGGUGCCGUUUGAGGCCAUGUGGCAUAAAGGGAUGUGGGCACUGGAGAUGGGUGUUUGUGCUAGUGGUUCUGGGCAGGUGUGAUGUAAUUGAUGUUUGUAUGAUGUUUUGUGUUUGUUCUAAAAAUAAUAAUAAUUAAGUUCUCCAGUGGGGACACCCGAAGAACCCUUUUAGGUUCUACAGUAGCUCUUUUUUUCAAAGAGUGUAGGAGGUGCCAUGUAAUAGUAAAGUAGAUUAAAACUAACAGCAGAAGGAUUGCACCUCCUUUCUGAUGUCAUUGGUGACUGAUAUUGUCGUUGAGUGAUGAGCAUCACCUGAGAUGCAGGAGAAUAGCUCUGCUCAGUGUUAACAAACCGACUGGGGCUUGAAAACAGUGCUUAAGUACCAAAAGUGGUCCCUGUUUUUUGUGUACCGUCAUCAAAUUGUGUACUAUGUCAUCCAUUUUGUAUGAUACACUAUAAAGAGUGCAUUCUGAAAGUA